AUGGGAAGCCCAUCGGCCGAAGCCAUCACUCCCUCCAGCGCGUCCCCAACCUGCCCAGGCCUCACUCACCGGCUCCAUGGUGACCGACACCGUCUCCAGAACGUUCGUCUGACGUCGAAGAGCGUGCUGACGUCAUCGGGCUCGGGCGGAGCCUGUUGCCCAGAGACGGCGGGAGGACGCGGUCCUGAGCCGAGCAGCGAGCACCGGGAGGCCGACGAACCAGGAAUCAUGUCGCGAUCGGCGAUGCCGAAGUCCCGUUUGGAUAAGAGCAGGGCUGCACUUGUUCCUGCCCCCGCUCCUGUGGCUGCCCUGGUGGAGCUAGUGCCUGGCCGCUUCACAGAGAACGACUGGCAGGCUAUGGUAGCAGCCGAAGACGGCGAGAACAGUGUGAUGGACAUCAUCGAGGACGUCAUCAGCCAAGCUCUGGACCAGUGCUUCAGAAUUUACAUUGAGAAUCAGUUGCUGCCAUUCACCAUCACUCAGGCCAAGGACGCUCUCCUGCAGAUCAUCGAGUGGCAGUUCCUGAUCCACGACCCUGGCGAGAGCAACAUCACCCUCACUCCCUCCUGGCAGGAGGACGCGGAGCCCCAGGCCAGUGUCACUGACUCCUGGGCCCAGGGCUCAGUGCCAGUGCUGAGACUUCCAGACACAGCACUCCUGCAGGGACAGGAGUCGAUGCAGGAGCCCCCCGAAGUCGACCUUCAACCUGAGGCAGCAUCUGCUGAUCACAGCUCAACACUUGGGGAUCACGAGCACGGAGCCCAAGGGUCACUCCACUCAUCGUCACAGAUAGGCUUUUACCCAGAUUUGAAGCAAGUCAGUAUGGAGCCUGAGGAAGCUGCCAUGGAUGGCGUUGGUCCUUACGGCUGGAUGGCACCUUCUUGAGGCAUCAGCUGUCGAAGAUGUGCUCAGUGGUGGGGAGGUG